ACCAUUUGCCCACCGACGGCUAACCCUCUAGCUUUGUAUUAUUGUAUUAACUGCCGCUAUCAUUGACAGUCUGUGACGGGCAACCGCUGUGAUUUCGGAGUAAGCUCAAUCAGAUGUGAUACAACUAUAGAAAUAAUAAAAGGGUAAAUUAACAUUUACAAGAAAAUGCAGGAAGACACGCGCUGCCUCAAACGCAAAGUGACGUUAGGGAGUCUGGAUGUCCAUCCCACAGAGAAGGCUCUGGUUGUUCACUACGAGGUUCAGGCUGCUGUCUUAGGAGGUGGUGGAGGUCCUGUGCUUGGUGAACGCAAAGAAGGACAAAAAAUAAUCCGUUUGAAGAGCCUCUCUCCUACCACAGAUGUGGCAGCGUUGGCUAAGAAAGUGGUGGAGGAGUGCAAACUCCUCCCUGCCUCCCGUUUGCCACAAGUGGAGCAGCUCCUCUACUACCUGCAGAACAGAAAGUCCUCCCCGGUGGAGGGUAAAGUGGAAAGGAAAGAGAAAAGACAAGUGAAGCCCAAAGAUCUGACACCAUUUGAAGGACUGGAGUUAAAUGAAGAAGCUAGUAUAACUAAAAUAGAUGAGUACGUGGAGCUGCUCUAUGAAGGCAUCCCAGAAAAGAUCCGAGCAUCUGCUCUCAUUCUGCAGCUGGCCCGUAACCCCGACAACCUGGAGGAACUCCUGCACAAUGAAGCAGCUCUUGGCGCCCUGGCUAGAAUCCUGAGAGAAGACUGGAAACAGAGUGUGGACCUGGCAACCAUUAUCAUUUACAUCUUUUUCUGCUUCUCCAGUUUCUCACAGUUUCACGCUGUAGUGAGUCACCAUAAAAUUGGAGCGCUGUGCAUGAGUGUGCUGGAUCAUGAGAUAAAGAGACACGAUGUUUGGUGCGAGGAGCUGCGCAAGAAAAACAAGGCUUGUGAAUCAGCUCCAGAAAACGGCUCUCUGAGAAGAGAUCAGGACAAAGUUCUGAAAAAGUACCAAAGCCUGCUGACUAAGCAGGAGGAGCUGCUCAGAGUCUCUCUUUAUCUUUUGCUGAACCUUGCUGAGGACACAAGGACAGAACUGAAGAUGAGAAAUAAAAACAUAGUUGGACUGCUGGUCAAACUUCUUGAACGCAACGACGAGGAGCUGCUGGUGCUGGUGGUUUCAUUCCUGAAAAAACUGUCCAUCUUUCUGGAAAACAAAACUGACAUGGCGGAGGUGGAUACUGUGGAGAAGUUGGGGCGUCUCGUUCCGUGUGAGCAUGAGGACCUGCUGAACUUAACUCUGCGGUUGCUGUUCAACCUCUCUUUUGACUCGGGACUUAAAGCCAAGAUGGUGGAAGUUGGGUUGUUACCUAAACUGACUGCAUUGUUGGGAGACGAGAACAACCGUGCAGUCAUCAUGCGGAUCCUGUACCACAUUAGCAUGGAAGAGCGCUUCAGGGGCAUGUUUGCUUACACCGACUGUGUGCCUCAGCUAAUGCAAAGGCUGUACGAGCACGGCAAAGAGGACAUGGAAGUUGAACUCAUUUCUCUCCUCAUCAACCUGGCUGCAAACAAGAAGAACGCUCAACUCAUGUGUGAAGGAAAUGGACUGAAGAUGCUCAUGAAGAGAGCUCUCAAGACCAAAGCCUGCCUUCUGAUGAAGAUGAUCAGAAACAUCUCACAGCAUGAUGGUCCUACAAAAGUUUUAUUCAUAGAUUUUGUGGGCGACCUCGCAGCAGAAAUUCAGGCAGAGGAAGAGGAGGAAUGGGUUCUGGAGUGUCUGGGGACCCUAGCAAACCUCACCAUUCCAGACCUGGACUGGGAGUUGGUAUUGAAGGAGUACAACCUGGUACCUUACCUCAAAGACCAACUCAAACCAGGCUCUGCCGAGGGCGACCUCACCCUGGAAGUGGUCAUAAUGAUUGGAACUGUCUCCAUGGACCACGCUUGCGCCGUCAUGCUGGCUAAAUCUGGCAUAAUUCCAGCUCUUAUUGAGCUGCUAAAUGCCCAGCAGGAGGAUGACGAGUUUGUGUGUCAGAUUGUUUACGUCUUCUAUCAGAUGGUGUUUCAUCAGGCCACCCGUGAUGUCAUCAUCAAAGAAACCCAAGCUCCAGCUUACCUGAUUGAUCUGAUGCAUGACAAGAAUGCCGAGAUCAGAAAAGUGUGUGACAACACUCUGGACAUCAUCGCUGAGUACGAUGAGGAAUGGGGAAGGAAGAUUCAGUCAGAGAAGUUCCGUUUCCACAACAACCAAUGGUUGGAGAUGGUUGAGAGCCGCCAGGCGGAUGAGCCUGAACCAUAUCUGUAUGAUAAUGAGAGGACUGAUCUGUUCUACAGCGCAGAUGGAAUAAUUCCAGCAGAUGUUUCAGUCAGUCCAGAUUUAUUCAAUCCUUUUCAGCCUCAGAAUGGAGACUCUCACCUUACAAGAGAUGUGAGUGAUGUGUUCGAUCAGACCAGCUCAUCGCCUGGACGACCAGCCACCGCCUAUGGCUUCAGACCUGACGAACAGCCGCUCUACUUGUAACAAUCAACUCUCAUCCUGGCAUCAUUUCCCAGCAACCAUUCCGUCUGCCGGGCAUUUUACUUCCCUAACUUCAAAUGUCUGACUGAACAAAUAAAAACUGCAUGCAAAACACAUUUAGGAGAGUCAUGCAAUCGAUACUUCCACUUUUAUUUAUUCAAAGUAAUACAUUUUUUUUAAUGUGACAGUAAUGGAUUAAAAUUAGUUUUUGCCUUCCAAUGAUCUUAUCCCUUGUGCAAUCCUAUGGAGUCAAAAUGACCAUUGACAUUUUGUUCCUACCAUGAUAAAGGUGGAGAGGAUUUCAUGUAAUCCUCUCCACCUUUUGUGAAGAUCACAAAUCAUUGAAGAAAAAGGUUCAGCACACUGUCUAGUGGGUCUAGAUGACCCCACUCUCAUUGUUAAAGUGCCUAGGAUAGCACAAGGGUUAAAUAGUGUAAAUAAUUCUGGUAUAGUGGGGCUUUCUGGAAAUAUUUUGCUUGGUUUCAAUGUGUUUACAUUAUAUUUAUAUUCAAAACAAAAUGUUGUACUUUUGCACACAAGAAAAACAGUAGCGUGCAGAAGUUGUUGUCUCUUGUAAAGUGAAAAUGCUUAGAAAAACAUUGAAAAGUGAUGCUCUUUUACUCUUGUAGUGUCCCAAUCAAUGACUUUGUCCAGACUUUGUUACUGUGUCCAUUCAUAGCUGUAUUAUAUGUUUUUAGUGUAAAAAUAAACAUGUUUCCAUUAAGCACAGAGGAGACGAAGCAUUUCUGUCCAAAUACUCAUCAUGUUGUCACCACAGGUUUGCACUGUUCUUUAUUUACUUUACCAGUGGUUAGAUCUUGUUUGGUUUGCAUGUUUUUGCUUUAUAUUUCAAGCAAGAUGUUGAACUUAUUUAUAAAAAUGCAGUAGACUGUUUAUUUCAAGUACAACUCAAUGACAAUGUCCUUUAAAGUUUGUGAAAAAGCAAUGUAUAAAAUAUUGUUGGUCUCUUGGAAAAGCUUCUAACCCGUAGAAAAGGGUGUUUAUUUUAAAACUACAACUGUGGUUAGGCUGUUUGGCAGAACAAUAACAUUUACAUGCUGUAUUCCAUUUGUGCACAUUUUUACCUUUUUUUUCUGCACAUAUUCCUGUAUUCUCUUCAUAAAGAUGUAAAUAAAGGAAAAAUUUUGGAGUAGA